AUUGAGACAGGCAGUGCCUGGGGAAGGGAAGCCACAGUGGAGCAGAGCACAUUGUGGUGGUAGAUCUGUGGAGCAUGGGGUCAGGUGCUCAGGGAAGCACCCCUGGGGCUGCUUCUCCAGGAAAGGAGCAGAGCUGACUGCAAUUGGGAAGCUGCUAGAAGCAGGAGCAGGAAUACCAGAGACCCCUUGGAGGGAUGGCCUGGAAACUUGAGAUGAAAAUUAUCUCCCCUGAGACUGCAACGAAGAUUCUCUUAGCUGUCUUCUCUACUCGCUCAAUGCAAAUGGAUUCAUGCUAUUGAUUUAAAAUGACUAUCCUGGUCGGAGACAGCGGAGUGGGGAAGACAUCACUGCUGGUUCAGUUUGACCAGGGCAAGUUCAUUCCCGGCUCUUUUUCUGCCACCGUGGGCAUCGGAUUUACGGUGAUGCUGCUCGGCGAUUCAGGCGUGGGGAAAACCUGCUUCCUGCUCCAGUUCAAAGACGGGGCCUUCCUCUCUGGGACCUUCAUAGCCACUGUCGGCAUAGACUUCCGGAAUAAAGUCGUGGCAGUGGACGGUGUGAAAGUAAAAUUGCAGAUCUGGGACACGGCAGGGCAGGAGCGAUUUCGUAGUGUGACCCACGCCUACUACAGAGAUGCCCAGGCUUUGCUCCUCUUUUAUGACAUCACCAGCAAAAUGUCCUUUGACAAUAUUCGGGCCUGGCUCACAGAGAUACACGAAUAUGCCCAAAAGGAUGUGGUCAUUAUGUUGUUAGGCAAUAAGGCUGAUGUGAGCAGCGAGAGAGUCAUCAGGAUGGAGGAUGGAGAGUCACUAGCCAGGGAAUACGGAGUGCCUUUCAUGGAGACCAGCGCCAAGACGGGCAUGAACGUGGAGCUGGCAUUUCUGGCCAUUGCCAAAGAACUCAAGCAGCGAGCUGUGCAGCAGCCGGACGAGCCCAGGUUCCAGAUUCAGGACUACAUAGAGUCACAGAAGAAAAAGUCCAGCUGCUGUUCCUUCAUAAAAUCUUACGAUGUGGGAGUCCAACCUUGGAGGAGUCACUCCUGGCAGCACAGCCAAUACCCUGCCUCUCGGGAGCAGCUUGCGUCAGCCUCGCCUGCAGAGCCCAGGACCCCAGUGAUCAGGACUCGGCUGGUUCGGCCUCCAAACAAGCCAGGGCCCAGUGUCUAUCUGGACUGGACCAAGACAAUGUUGGCAGCAUAUCCAGUGCCCCAUUUUCAGGACGGGACCGAGUCAUCCUCAGCAGCGUAGCCACGGCCCAGUAUCUAUCUGGAUUGGGCCAGGUCAGCACUGCUGCUCAGCCGGGGUUCCGCACCUUUCCAGUCCAGAGUCGCCACCUUUCUGACCAGUUUCCAUGGGACAUCUCUGCUCCGGAGUCUCCCCAGGCUGAGAGAGCCAGGCCAGUGAACAGAGCAGGAAGAACCAUUUCUCACUCUCUUGCAUUAGCAGGUGAAGUUUUCCUGCAGCGAAUGAAAUCAGCAGGAGUGUUUGCUAAAGGAAGAGGAAUGGGAGACCUUUUCCCUGUGAUGUCUGGUCCCUCCCCAUUCCCCUCACCUCCCCCAGGCCCCUGCAGCUGGGCUGUCUCGUGUGCCCACCUCCUCCUGCCGCUGAGCAUGUCCCAAGCAAAGGACUUGGGGUGUGCAGUGUUAUUACAGUGCCUGUUAUGCUGGAAGAAAGCUGCCUAUUGUGGAUAGUGGAGAGGAAGGAGAUCGCUAUCUAUUUUUCUGACUUUAAAAAGAAAUGUUUCAAAUCUGCUCUUAUUUAUAUUUAUCUCAGCCUAGAUUGCUAUUUAAUCCUUUACGAGAGACCAAGUCCAGCAUGGCACGGACACGCUGUGGACCCUGCCCUGCUCCUCUUCUAAAGCAUUAGCACCCGCGCUGCUAAGGUGGGGGUGAGCAUGGAGCCAGCAUUGCCAGCCUGUUUGGAAAAAGGCUGUGGCCACUUGCUGCGGAAUCCACCUCCUGGCAGCCACCAGGACAGGGGAGGUCUUAUUCUGCCAGCUCAGGCCAUUGCACUCCCCUGGCCGCUCUCCUACAGAUGGAGCUAGGAGCUGCGCCUCUUGCUGUUGAACUAAAACUGCUGAAAAUUAAGGGCCUGAUCCGAAGCCCACUGAUGCCUUUGAGAGUCUCCCCGUUGAUUUCACUGGGCUCUGGAUCAGGCCCUAAUUGCUGAACGACCUGGUGUUUUGUGCUCUCAAAGGCAACCCCCUGCUGCCUCUCUCCGGGCGUGUUCAAAUACCCUUGAAGCUGUGACACAAAUUGGUCCCAUCUCUCUCCCCAUUGCACCCCCGUAAGCCCGGCUAUUGCAGCACAUGUGGUGCCUUUGAUUGCGCAGCAUUGUGAAGGCCCUGGAGCUCACCAGGGAAACACAGGGCAAAGGAGCGAUCUGGGUCUUGCCUUUGGUUUGGUUUUCCUCAGGAGUGCUCAGGGAAUUGAUCACAGGGCACAGGGCCUUUGACCUCUAGGCCACCAGCUCAGCUUCCAUUGGAAUUCUUACUGAAGCCCAGGAAGAGAUUCCCACUGGCUGGAGUGAGAGGCGGAUCCAGUUGAAAGGCAGCUGUGCUGGUGGUUACCACUGUCUGCUGGCUCUGGGGAGUAGCCUGUGUGAAAUGAGUCUCUGGCCGGUUCCUACGAGACGGGUGUGCACAGUACAGAAAUAACCCUUGCAUUUGGCACCGAGUUGCCAGCAGAGCGGCCAAGCUCCACAUAGGCACGGAGAGCAAGUUCCCCUUCUACUCCCAGACAUAUUGAUGGGAGAUAGUGGGAGAAGGCCCCUCCCCACUGCCUACACAGUAGCUCUUUUGUCGGUAGCUAGAGACCGUCCGUCUGCCAAGCUCUCGAGCCAGCACUUCAACAGCUCUUCUUUUUUAGAGUUUCCUGACUGUGGCCCAUGUGUGUCACCUUUGCCAUGAUUUUACCAUUUGUCUGGUUUUCAUUUUCCUUUCUCUAGUGAAAGCUGCAAACCCCGUGUGAUUCCUGUGGCCCCAGUCAGCAAGGCACUGAAGCACAUGCUUUACGUGAGUCCCAUUGACUUUGCUGAAUUGGGGCCCUGAGAGUGACUGUGCGUCACUCCCUCCAAGUACCUGUCUCGUCUGUGUGUGCAGCACCUGUCACAUGCCUGUUGUAUAUAAGGGUACGGAAUAAUUACCCAUUAGAGUUACUGGGCCAAUAUUUCUUUUGUCCAUAUGCUUAAAAGAACCACAAAGGCCGUCCCUCCAGGAACUGGAACUUAUAAGGAAAGUCAAUUUAUUUGACCCCUGAACAGCAAAAGCUAUGUCUACACUACAGACUUCUGCCAGCAUAGAAAUAUUGGGAAGAGAUGUGAUCCCUGACCAGCAUAGCUGUGCUGGCCAAGUUCUAUAGCGUAAACACAAUUAUACCAGCCAAACUGCUUUUACCCGUGUAGCUUGUUUCACUUGGGCGGUGUGGUUUCACUCUACUGGUACAAAGCCCAGCCGUGCUGGUAGAGCUGUGUCCAUAAGGAGCGCUUUGCUGGUAUAACAUACCAGUAUUCCUACAUCAGUACCGUGCUCCUAGUGUAGACAAGGCCUAACUCACACUGAGGCCAGUAGGACCACUGCAGUGACAGAGGUUAGCAGGAAUUGGCUCUAGUUGGUCACAUUGGCUAUUAUGCUCUGUCAGAUGAGAUCAGACUUUUGCAGGAAUAAAUAUUUCAGCAGCAUGCGCCUCAUCACAGCAGUGCCCUGUAAUUAUUAGUAUCAUCUAGGGCAGUGCCCUGAUGAUGUUAAUAAGCCCAUGGAUGGGAGGAUUGACUUCACACUGAAAUGCUUUAACUAAUAAUUAAAUGCUCUAGAGAGGAAGCACAAACGUCGUUUGCCAAACCGGUGCGGGAGUUAGCCUGUAGAACAGCAUGUUAGAGAAAUCAGGGAGAUCUUUCAUGAUUGUGUCACUUUCUGAUUUGUCCAUUACUUGCAUGUUGGAUUUUUUAUUCCUGUAGUUGAAUUUGGUGCAUCUUAUACACAGUUCUCCUCAUCCAGUCAGUCAGAGCGUCGCACUAGCCUGAACAGUUCUCUGGACACAGGGCCCUGCUAAUUGUUUCCCCUUGACUUGAAAUCUCAGGAAUGUUUUCUUCACAGGGUGCAAGGCCGUGACCUCCCCCUGUGCUUUGCCAGAGAUGGGCAUUACCGAUUUCACCCUCAACUCUGCACCUGUGCCCCGCACUCAGCACAAGAAGGAAGGAUCAUGUGGGGAUUUAAACUUGCACCAAGUCCUCAUGUUAGUCUAUGUAACGUGCUGCUGAGCUCUCUGAAGAGGGAGCGCAGUAUCUGGGAGGCUAAUUCCUGGUCCAGAUUAAGGCUUUGAAUCAGAGCAGAGGCGAUAACACAGGAGAUUUAUAAACUCCCACCUAUGAACGUUGUUUGCCUUUUCUUUUUGUCUAUGUAUAUAAUGCAAAUCUUUCUUCCUGUCAUUGUCAGGUAUCAGAUUAAACCCACUCUGCAAAGAACUGAUGCCUCAGACACCUCGAUCAGCAAACACUUUAUAUCGUGCUUGCCUGUGAAUUUUGUGGGCUUGAUCUUGACCCCUCCAAAAUCAGUGGGAGUUUUGCCACUGAGG